CAUUUCCAUUUCCGCUUACGGCAUGUCAGUUUGUCGUUCUUAAGGUGUUUGUAGGUGUACUCAGUUGUGUCAUGCAAUGGUCAUAAUAUUAACGAUUAUUUAAUUACUAUUGCAAUUUAAAGGUUACUUUAUUAUUGUUAGUGAUGUAAGUAAAAAUAUACAGUGUGGUUGUGGAAAAGGACAAAAAUCAAUAGUGAAAAUAAAGUGUAGACUUUCCUCCUAAAAGGUACUCACCUAUUUAACAAAAAUGGGUGACUCCUUAGAAGGAACUGAAAGUACCCCUGAACCCCAAAACGUGUCUGUAGUAGAUUUCACAGAAUUUGCUAAUUUUCUGCGUAAAGCCGCAACUGUUCUAUUGCCGGAGGACGAUGCUCAGGCAGAUUCCCCAGCACUUAAUGCAGCCCUGGAGGAUAAAGCUAACCAAGAAUGUAUAAGAAAAUUUAUAAGUGAUGCCCAGGUCAACACACUCUUUAUACAAAGAAGCUGCUCUAAGGAGGAUGAAACGGAUCAACCCCCUGAAGGAGAGGAAGAGAAAGAACCUGUCAUGUACUAUAUCAAUAAUGAAGUCCACUUUACCAAUCCAAAAAUGGCAAGUUUAGUGAUGUUAAAACGAGGAGCUGUUAUAGAGGCUGAUAAAAGCAUUAGGGCACAGCUAAGAAUGAUGAAUUUUAGUGAUGGUUCACCCUAUGAAACAUUGCAUGCUUAUAUUAGUAAAACUGUCGCUCCAUACUUCAAGUCUUAUGUUAAAGAAUCUGGAAGAGCUGAUAGAGAUGGUGAUAAAAUGGCUCCAACUGUUGAAAAAACAAUCGCUGAACUUGAAAUGGGUCUACUACAUUUACAGCAAAAUAUAGACAUUCCUGAAAUUUCAUUACCAGUUCAUCCACUUGUUGCCAGCGUCAUUAAAAGGUGCACUGAUGAAGGUCGAAAACCAAAAGUUGCUGAUUUUGGUGAUAAAGUUGAUGACUCAACAUUUUUAAAUCAGUUACAAAACGGAGUAAAUCGAUGGAUCAAAGAAAUUCAGAAGGUAACAAAAUUAGAUCGUGAUCCAUCAUCUGGUACUGCUUUACAAGAAAUAAGUUUCUGGCUAAAUUUGGAAAGAGCAUUGCACCGAAUCCAGGAGAAGCGGGAAAGUAUGGAAGUUGCCCUCACAUUGGACAUUUUGAAGCAUGGCAAACGUUUUCAUGCUACUGUGUCUUUUGACACUGAUACAGGACUGAAACAGGCUCUUGCUACUGUUAAUGAUUACAAUCCUCUAAUGAAGGAUUUCCCAAUCAACGACUUAUUAGCUGCCACCGAAUUGGAAAGAAUUCGUGCAGCUGUUCAGCUGAUAUUUUCUCAUCUUCGUAAGAUAAGAACCACCAAGUAUCCCAUUCAGCGCUGUCUUCGAUUGGUGGAAGCAAUCUCACGAGAUCUCAGCGUACAACUGUUGAAAGUGUUAGGUACACGAAGAUUGAUGCAUAUUCCUUUUGACGAGUUCGAAAAAGUCAUGACCCAGUGUUACGAUGUUUUCUCCACAUGGGAAGAUGAGUAUGAAAAGUUGCAAGCACUGCUUAGGGAUAUAAUUAAGAAAAAGAGGGACGAACAUAUGAAGAUGGUCUGGCGUAUCUCGGCGCAACAUAAGAAACUGCAGUCGAGAAUGGAGCACAUGAGAAAAUUCAGGAUACAACAUGAGCAAUUGCGUACCGUAAUUGUGAGGGUUUUGAGACCUACCACUCGUCAGGUUAAUGCGGUGACAGAAGGAGAAGAGCUGGAACAACCCAAACAAGAUGCUUUUGCAUUGGAUGCUGCAGAUGCAAAUGCCAUUGAGGAAGUUAAUUUGGCUUAUGAAAAUGUAAAAGAGGUAGACUGCUUGGACAUUUCGAAAGAGGGCCAGGAUGCAUGGGAUGCUGCUGUGCAACGUUACGAGGAGCGUAUUGAUCGUGUGGAAGCAAGAAUCACCGCUCAUCUAAGGGACCAACUGGGUACAGCAAAAAAUGCAAACGAAAUGUUCCGAAUAUUUUCGAGAUUCAACGCCCUUUUUGUUAGACCUCACAUACGAGGAGCAAUUAGGGAAUACCAAACCCAUUUGAUUCAACGUGUUAAAGAUGACAUUGAAGCUUUGCAUGAAAAAUUCAAGGUUCAAUAUCCACAAAGUAAUAGUGCUCGUAUAAGUAAAGUUCGUGAUCUACCCCCAGUCUCUGGGUCGAUUAUUUGGGCUAGGCAAAUCGAUCAUCAGUUGACCACUUAUUUACGAAGAGUUGAAGAUGUAUUAGGGAAAGGUUGGGAAAAUCACAUAGAAGGUCAAAAAUUGAAGGCAGAUGGAGACAGUUUUCGUUUGAAAUUGAAUACUCAGGAGAUUUUCGACGAAUGGGCACGAAAUGUACAACAACGUAAUCUCGGAGUUUCUGGGCGUAUUUUCACAAUCGAAGCCGUACGUUCAAGAACUGGACGUGGCAAUAAUCUUAAGUUGCGAGUGAAUUUCUUACCGGAAAUUAUCACUUUGGCUAAAGAAGUUCGAAAUUUGAAAUGUCUAGGAUUCCGAGUACCAUUGGCUAUUGUGAACAAAGCGCAUCAAGCUAACCAGCUCUAUCCAUUUGCUAUCUCGUUAAUUGAGAGCGUACGAACCUACGAAAUGACCCUGGAAAAGAUUGAGGACAAAGCAAGUAUCAUUCCUCUGGUAGCAGGCAUGCGAAAAGAAGUACAGAAUUUAAUCGCAGAAGGUAUUCAAUUGGUUUGGGAAAGUUAUAAACUCGACCCAUACGUGCAACGACUCUCCGACACGGUGGUCAGCUUCCAGGAGCGUGUGGAAGAGUUGGUUGUAGUGGGUGAACAACUGGAAGUCGAUGUGCGUUCGUUGGAGACUUGUCCUUAUUCGGCCAACACUUUUGCAGAUAUUUUGUCUAAAAUACAACAUGCUGUUGAUGAUUUGUCACUGAAACAAUUCUCAAACCUUCACAUCUGGGUCAGCCGUUUAGAUGAAGAAGUGGAAAAGAAUUUGGCUCGACGUCUCGAAGCAGGUAUCCAAGCGUGGACAGAUUCUUUGAAUGGUAUUAAGAACGAAAUCGAUCAUAGUAUGGAUACAGAUGCUCCAGCUCAUCCGACUCAUAAACCUGGUGGCGAUCCGCAAAUCCAAACCAUAGUCCACGAAUUUCGAAUCACCAAUCAGACCAUGUAUUUGUAUCCUAGUAUUGAAGAAGCCCGUUUCCAAAUUAUGCAGCAGUUAUUUGCAUGGCAAGCCAUCGUAUUAUCUCAGCAACGCUUACAAAGUAGUCGUUAUCAAGUGGGUGUUGACAAACCCGUAACUGAAACUUACAGAAACAUACUAACAAAAUUACCUGAAGGACCAGGGCCCCUCGAAAAUGCCUACAGUGCAAUUGAUUCAAAGAUAAAGGAGGUUCAAAAAUACGUCAAAGAAUGGUUGAAUUACCAAUCUUUAUGGGACCUUCAAGCUGAUAAUCUUUAUAACCGAUUGGGGGAUGAUAUUAGCAAGUGGAUGAUGUGUUUGAAUGAUAUCAAAAAAACACGUUCUACAUUCGAUACUUCUGAUACUCGACGAGAAUUCGGUCCCAUUAUAAUCGACUUUGCCAAAGUGCAAAGCAAAGUCUCCUUAAAAUAUGACUCCUGGCAUAAAGAAGUGUUAAGUAAGUUUGGAACUUUGCUGGGUAAUGAGAUGGCUUCUUUCCAUUCUCAGGUGUCUAAAUCACGUUCUGAUCUUGAAAUGCAAAGCAUUGAAGCUGCCAGCACUUCUGACGCUGUCAGUUUUAUUACUUAUGUGCAAUCCCUGAAAAGAAGCAUGAAGGCAUGGGAAAAGCAAGUUGAGGUGUAUCGUGAAGGUCAGCGCAUUUUAGAAAGACAACGAUUCCAAUUUCCAAAUACUUGGUUGCACGUAGAGAAUUUGGAGGGUGAAUGGGGAGCUUUCAACGAAAUCAUUAAGCGCAAGGAUUCCUCUAUUCAAACUCAGGUCGCAAGUUUGCAACAGAAGAUCGUAUCUGAAGAUAAAGCAGUGGAGAAUCGUACCAAUGAUUUCUUGAACGAAUGGGAGAGAAGCAAACCUGUUGAAGGAUCACUAAGACCUGAUGAGGCAUUAACUCAACUACAGUUGUUUGAAAGCAAAUAUGCAAGACUUAAAGAAGAAAGAGAUAAUGUUGCCAAGGCCAAAGAAGCUUUGGAAUUGCAAGAACCAGGUGGUAUUAGUACUAGCGAGGAUCGUAUGCAGGUAGUGUUUGAAGAACUGCAAGACCUUCGUGGCGUAUGGUCCGAAUUAUCCAGAAUAUGGGCUCAAAUUGACGAAACUCGUGAGAAACCUUGGUUGUCAGUGCAGCCUCGCAAGUUACGCCAGCAACUUGAUGCAAUGUCUGCUCAGUUGAAAGAACUCCCCGCUAGACUUCGACAAUACGCUUCUUACGAAUACGUUAAGAAACUGCUUCAAAACUACACCAAAGUGAAUAUGCUCAUUGUCGAGCUGAAGUCAGAUGCAUUAAAAGAACGCCAUUGGAAACAAUUAAUGAAACAACUCCGAGUCAAUUGGGUCCUCUCAGAUCUUACACUCGGGCAAGUGUGGGAUGUCAACUUGCAAAAGAAUGAGUCGAUUGUGAAGGAUAUCAUUUUGGUCGCACAAGGAGAAAUGGCGCUUGAAGAAUUUUUGAAACAAGUGCGCGAAUCUUGGCAGAAUUACGAACUCGAUCUGAUUAAUUAUCAGAACAAAUGUCGUUUGAUACGAGGUUGGGACGACCUAUUCAAUAAAGUCAAAGAGCACAUAAAUUCGGUUGCUGCUAUGAAGCUGUCUCCUUAUUAUAAAGUUUUUGAAGAGGAAGCGCUUACAUGGGAAGAGAAACUUAAUCGUAUUAAUGCCUUAUUUGACGUUUGGAUUGAUGUACAGAGGCGAUGGGUUUACUUGGAAGGCAUCUUUUCUGGAAGUGCUGACAUUAAGACACUUUUACCGGUGGAAACGUCAAGAUUUCAAAGCAUUAGCUCAGAAUUUUUGGGGCUUAUGAAGAAAGUGAGUAAGUCGCCAAUGGUCAUGGAUGUUCUUAAUAUUCCUGGCGUUCAAAGAUCACUAGAGAGACUGGCCGAUUUACUGGGAAAAAUUCAGAAAGCAUUGGGAGAAUAUUUGGAACGAGAACGUACGUCAUUUCCUCGUUUCUAUUUUGUGGGGGAUGAAGAUUUGCUGGAAAUUAUUGGUAACAGCAAGAAUAUUGCACGUCUUCAGAAACAUUUCAAGAAAAUGUUCGCUGGGGUUGCAGCCAUCUUAUUGAACGAAGACAGCACAGUUAUAACUGGAAUAGCUUCCAGAGAAGGCGAAGAGGUGAGAUUUGUGACACCCGUUUCAACCAUUGAACACCCAAAAAUAAAUGAAUGGUUAACGUUGGUCGAAAAGGAGAUGCGAGUAACUUUGGCGUCUAGUUUGGCACAGGCUGUUCAGGACAUUAAACAAUUCAAAGAUUCCAUUGAGCCGAAACUGUUCAUGCAAUGGGUUGACAAAUACCAGGCGCAGAUCGUUGUAUUGGCUGCGCAAAUCCUGUGGAGUGAAGAUGUUGAAGCCGCAUUGAAUAAGAUGAACAGUGAGCCACAGAAAGGACCAUUGGAGAAAGUCCUUCAGAACGUUGAAAAUACCUUGAACGUACUUGCAGAUUCCGUUCUUCAAGAACAACCGCCGCUAAGAAGAAAGAAAUUAGAACAUUUGAUCAAUGAAUUUGUUCACAAAAGAACUGUGACCCGUCGUCUUAUUUCAAAUGGCGUAUGUAGUAAUAAAGCGUUCGAAUGGCUAUGCGAAAUGAGAUUCUAUUUUGACCCAAGGCAAACCGAGGUACUGAAGCAACUUACAAUUCACAUGGCCAAUGCUAGAUUUUAUUACGGCUUCGAGUAUUUGGGAGUUCAAGAUCGACUCGUGCAGACACCUUUAACAGAUCGAUGCUAUCUUACAAUGACGCAAGCGUUAGAGUCCAGACUUGGAGGUUCACCAUUCGGUCCUGCUGGAACUGGUAAGACGGAAUCAGUAAAAGCUUUGGGACACCAGCUUGGAAGGUUCGUUCUGGUAUUUAACUGCGACGAAACGUUCGACUUUCAGGCUAUGGGUCGCAUCUUUGUCGGUUUGUGUCAGGUGGGAGCCUGGGGUUGUUUCGACGAGUUCAAUCGUCUCGAAGAAAGGAUGCUGUCAGCCGUAUCUCAGCAGAUUCAAACCAUUCAAGAAGCUCUUAAAUCACAGGCUGAAGCAAACAACAGUAACGAAAAUGGAUCAAAUACAAGAAUUAGUGUAGAAUUAGUUGGAAAGCAGGUUCGCGUUUCACCAGAUAUGGCCAUCUUUAUAACGAUGAAUCCUGGUUAUGCCGGACGUUCCAACCUUCCCGACAACUUAAAGAAACUUUUUAGAUCGUUGGCAAUGACCACACCCGACAGACAACUCAUUGCCGAAGUUAUGCUCUUUUCGCAAGGGUUCAGAACAGCCGAAAAGUUGGCAUGCAAAAUUGUACCAUUUUUCAAACUUUGCGACGAACAGUUAUCCAACCAAUCUCAUUACGACUUUGGAUUGCGAGCUCUCAAGUCCGUCUUGGUCUCUGCCGGAAAUGUUAAAAGAGACAGGAUAAUGCGUGUUAAAGACGGUAUGAAGCAACGAGGCGAAACGAAUAUAGACGAAGCUAGUAUUGCAGAAAAUUUACCUGAACAAGAGAUUCUUAUUCAAUCGGUGUGCGAAACCAUGGUGCCUAAACUUGUGGCUGAAGACAUUCCCCUACUUUUCUCUCUUUUGAACGACGUGUUUCCUAACGUGCAGUAUACAAGAGCCGAAAUGAAAAAUCUAAAGGAUGAAAUAAAAAAGGUUUGCCAGGAAGAAUUUAUGGUAUGCGGCGAGGGCGACGAGCAAGGCGCUGCUUGGAUGGAAAAGGUUCUACAACUAUACCAAAUUUCCAAUUUGAACCAUGGUUUAAUGAUGGUCGGUCCCAGCGGUUCAGGCAAAAGUUCAGCAUGGAGAGUAUUGUUGAAAGCUUUAGAAAGAUAUGAAGGCAUUGAAGGUGUUGCACAUGUCAUUGAUCCGAAGGCCAUCAGCAAGGAAGCUUUAUACGGUGUCUUGGAUCCCAAUACUCGCGAGUGGACAGACGGUCUUUUUACUCAUAUUUUAAGGAAAAUAAUUGAUAACGUUCGUGGCGAAAUUAAUAAACGUCAGUGGAUUAUAUUUGAUGGUGAUGUAGACCCCGAAUGGGUGGAAAAUUUGAACUCGGUCCUCGACGACAACAAGCUUCUUACGUUACCUAACGGCGAGCGUUUGUCACUACCACCGAACGUUCGUGUCAUGUUUGAGGUGCAAGAUCUGAAAUACGCAACCCUGGCAACGGUAUCUCGUUGCGGUAUGGUUUGGUUUUCGGAGGAUGUUCUAUCAACCGAAAUGAUUUUCGAAAAUUUCAUGUUAAGAUUAAAAAAUAUUCCACUCGAAGAAGGUGAUGAUGAAGGUUUUGGCAAGAAGACGAGCGAUUCCAAAGAGGAUAUGUUAUCACCUACUUUACAAGUUCAGCAUGACGUGGUUAGCAUCUUGCAACCGUAUCUGGCACCCGACGGUAUGGUUGUUCGUUGUUUGGAAUACGCUAUGGAACAAGAGCACAUAAUGGACUUUACUCGUUUAAGAGCCUUAAGUUCCCUCUUUUCAAUGUUAAACCAGAGCGUUCGAAACGUACUACAAUACAAUCAUGUCCAUCCAGAUUUCCCGUUGCCUCCGGAGCAGUUUGAACGUUACUUUCCUAAGUGCCUCAUAUACGCGAUUUUGUGGUCUUUUGCAGGAGAUUCAAAGCUCAAAACCCGUCAAGAUUUGGGCGAUUUUAUACGUUCCGUAACAACAGUCCAAUUGCCUUCUGGCAAUAUUAUCGAUCACGAAGUCAACAUCAACGGAGAAUGGGUUCCCUGGUCUAAUAAAGUGCCGCAAAUAGAAGUUGAAACUCACAAAGUUGCCGCACCUGACGUGGUCGUACCAACAUUGGACACUGUCAGACACGAAUCUCUAUUGUACACUUGGCUCGCCGAACACAAACCCAUCGUUUUAUGUGGUCCUCCUGGUUCUGGUAAAACCAUGACACUGUUUUCUGCCCUCCGAGCACUGCCAGACAUGGAAGUUGUGGGUCUUAAUUUUUCUUCGGCAACUACGCCAGAAUUAUUACUCAAAACGUUUGACCAUUACUGUGAAUACAGAAAAACUCCUAACGGUGUAAUUUUGUCUCCCGUACAACUUGGAAAAUGGUUAGUGAUAUUUUGUGACGAAAUUAACUUGCCUGAUAUGGACAGUUAUGGCACGCAACGUGUCAUAAUGUUUUUGAGACAGUUGGUUGAACAGAAAGGUUUUUAUCGUGCCUCAGACCAGACAUGGGUGCAUCUUGAAAGGAUACAGUUUGUGGGUGCCUGUAACCCACCUACAGAUCCUGGCAGGAAACCGCUUUCUCACAGAUUUUUGCGACACGUACCGGUAGUUUACGUGGAUUAUCCAGGAGAAACGUCUCUCAAACAGAUUUAUGGUACAUUUAGCAGAGCCAUGUUAAGAUUAGCACCAGCACUACGAGGUUACGCUGAACCUUUGACCAAUGCAAUGGUCGAAUUCUAUUUGUCAUCGCAAGAUAGAUUCACCCAAGAUAUGCAACCUCAUUAUGUCUAUUCCCCUCGUGAGAUGACGCGUUGGGUCCGAGGAAUUUGCGAAGCAAUCCGACCGUUAGAUAAUCUACCUGUCGAGGGUCUAGUUCGUCUGUGGGCGCACGAGGCACUUCGAUUGUUCCAAGACCGGCUCGUUGAAGAAUCAGAACGUCAUUGGACUAACGAGAACAUUGACGCUGUUGCUAUGAAACAUUUCCCAUCAGCCAAUUGCGAAAAUGCUUUAGCUAGACCAAUCCUGUACAGCAAUUGGUUGUCGAAGAAUUACAUCCCGGUGGAACGCGAACAAUUACGCGAGUACGUCAAGGCACGUCUUAAGGUCUUCUAUGAAGAAGAACUCGAUGUACCUCUGGUUUUGUUCGAUGAGGUGCUCGAUCACGUUCUUAGGAUCGAUCGUAUAUUCAGGCAACCGCAAGGGCACCUGUUACUCAUUGGAGUUUCGGGUGCUGGUAAAACUACCCUAUCUAGGUUCGUCGCUUGGAUGAAUGGUCUCUCCAUUUUCCAAAUAAAAGUUCACAACAAAUACACUGCAGAAGAUUUUGACGAAGAUUUGCGUUCUGUACUGAGAAGGGCCGGUUGCAAAGACGAAAAGAUUGUUUUUAUUUUAGACGAAUCAAACAUGUUAGAUUCCAGCUUUUUGGAAAGAAUGAACACCCUUCUGGCAAACGGUGAAGUACCAGGACUGUUUGAAGGCGAUGAAUACACUACUUUGAUGACCCAGUGUAAAGAAGGUGCCCAAAGAGAAGGUUUGAUGCUGGACUCAAGCGACGAGUUGUAUAAGUGGUUCACUGGACAAGUAAUGAAGAAUUUGCACGUUGUUUUCACCAUGAAUCCGUCUACAGAUGGACUUAAAGAUAGGGCAGCUACCUCACCUGCUUUAUUCAAUAGAUGUGUCUUAAAUUGGUUUGGAGACUGGUCUGAUGGGGCCCUAUUUCAGGUCGGUAAAGAAUUCACCAAUCGUCUCGACUUGGAUAAACCUAUGUGGAAGGCUCCUGAUUUCUUCCCAUCAGUUUGCAACAUGCUUGCCACAAGUCCAGCCCAUCGAGACGCUGUCAUCAACGCGUGUGUCUACGUACAUCAGACAUUACACAAGGCAAACGCUCGUUUAGCAAAACGGGGAAGUAGAACCAUGGCGAUUACUCCACGUCACUAUCUCGACUUCAUCCAUCAUUUCGUCAAACUACAUAACGAGAAACGAUCAGAUCUUGAAGAACAACAGCUCCAUCUAAACGUGGGUCUAAGUAAAAUCGCUGAAACUGUCGAACAAGUCGAAGAAAUGCAGAAGAGCUUGGCGGUCAAAUCACAAGAGUUGCAGGCUAAGAACGAGGCCGCCAACGCUAAAUUGAAACAAAUGGUUAAAGAUCAACAAGAAGCAGAGAAGAAAAAGGUACAAAGUCAAGAAAUACAGCAACAGUUAGCCGAACAGACCGUGCACAUUGAACAGAAGAGAAAAGAAGUAAUGGCUGAUUUGGCACAAGUGGAGCCGGCUGUUAUCGAUGCUCAACAAGCUGUAAAAUCAAUCAAGAAACAACAACUAGUUGAAAUUCGAACGAUGGCAAAUCCUCCAGCUGUCGUAAAAUUGGCAUUAGAAUCUAUUUGCUUAUUACUUGGCGAGAAUGCCAGCGAUUGGAAAUCAAUUCGUGCUGUCAUUAUGAGAGACAACUUUAUAAAUACUGUAGUGUCAAAUUUCAGCACUGAAGAUAUAAGUGAUGAAGUUCGGGAAAGAAUGAAGAGCAAAUAUUUGAGCAAUCCUGAUUACAACUUCGAAAAAGUUAAUCAUGCCAGUAACGCGUGCGGGCCAUUAGUCAAGUGGGCUAUCGCUCAAAUCGAAUACGCGGAUAUGUUAAAAAAGGUUGAGCCACUUCGUGAAGAACUCAAUUCUCUUGAAAAACAAGCCGAAGAGAACAAAAAGCACGGCGAGGAAGUGAAGAACUUGAUUACCCAAUUGGAACAUAGCAUUGCUUCUUACAAGGAAGAGUAUGCGCAACUCAUCGCCCAAGCCCAGGCCAUUAAGACGGAUCUUGAGAAUGUUCAGGCUAAAGUUGAUCGAUCAAUCGCAUUGCUCAAGUCUCUUAACAUCGAACGGGAACGGUGGGAGGCCACCAGUGAAACUUUCCGAUCGCAAAUGUCUACGAUAGUGGGCGAUGUGCUUUUGUCAGCUGCCUUUAUUGCAUACGGGGGUUACUUUGAUCAACAUUACCGGCAAAAUCUUUUCUCCACUUGGUGUCAGCACUUGACUCUAGCCAAUAUCCAGUAUCGUCCGGACAUUGCACGUACCGAGUACCUUUCGAAUCCCGAUGAACGUCUUCGAUGGCAAGCAAAUGCUCUGCCUUCAGACGACCUUUGUACCGAAAAUGCUAUUAUGCUUAAGCGUUUCAAUCGGUAUCCACUAAUAAUAGAUCCAUCCGGUCAAGCGACUGAAUUCAUUAUGAACGAAUUCAAAGAUAAGAAAAUAACAAAAACCAGUUUCCUCGAUGAUUCCUUCAGGAAAAAUCUGGAAUCUGCUCUCCGGUUUGGUAAUCCGUUAUUAGUUCAGGACGUGGAAAAUUACGACCCGAUUUUGAACCCAGUACUAAACAAAGAACUGCGACGUACGGGAGGACGAGUACUUAUCACAUUAGGUGACCAAGACAUAGACUUAUCACCGUCGUUUGUUAUUUUCCUUUCGACGCGUGAUCCAACGGUUGAGUUUCCUCCCGAUAUCUGCUCCAGGGUAACAUUUGUGAACUUUACUGUCACCAGGAGCUCCUUGCAGAGCCAGUGUCUCAACCAGGUGCUCAAGGCCGAACGUCCGGAUAUUGACGAAAAACGAUCUGAUCUUUUGAAAUUACAAGGGGAAUUCCACUUAAGAUUGAGACAGCUAGAAAAGUCCCUAUUGCAAGCCCUAAACGACGCUAAAGGAAAAAUUUUGGAUGAUGAUAGUGUGAUAACUACUUUAGAAACGUUGAAACAGGAAGCAGCCGAAAUUGGCAAAAAGGUGGAAGAAACGGAUAAGGUUAUUUCUGAAAUCGAAGCUGUUUCGCAACAAUAUUUGCCGCUCUCGCAGGCUUGCAGUAACAUGUACUUUACUAUGGACAGCCUUAAUCAAAUACACUUCCUUUAUCAGUACUCUCUGAAGAUGUUCCUUAGUAUGUUUGGUAACGUAUUACUAAGCAAUCCACAUCUUGAAGGAAUUACGGACUACCAGGCUAGACUGAACGUUAUAAUUGCCGACUUGUUUACGGUUUGCUAUGAACGGGUUGCAAGAGGUAUGCUUCAUACUGAUAGGCUGACAUUUGCCCUUUUACUGUGUCGUAUACAUCUGAAGGGUAUAGCUUCAGAACCAAGUCUAGAUCAAGAGUUUAAUUUCUUCCUUAGAGGUAAAGAGGGUGUUAUCAAUACUUCCAGCGUUCACCAAAUCGACGGAUUGACCCAUGAACAACAAGAGGCACUAGCACGUCUUUCCACAAGGUUGCUGCCAUUCAAGAAGCUUCCGGAAAAGAUCAAUGAGAUGCCAGAGUUUGGCGCAUGGUUGCAGCAGAGCACCCCCGAACAGAACGUGCCUCGUCUCUGGAGCGAAGAGAAGCCGUUGAGUCCGAUCGGUACGGCCAUGUAUCAGCUGUUGCUUAUUCAGGCAUUCCGUCCAGACAGAGUAAUAGCAGCCGCACAUGUGUUCGUAACUGCUGUGUUGGGCGAAGAGUUCAUGCCUAGCGCCGAGAAGGAACUCGAUCUUGCUCAAGUUGUCGAGAAAGAGCUACGAGCGAGUACACCAGCCCUACUCUGUUCUGUGCCCGGAUUUGACGCGUCUGGACGUGUCGACGAUCUAGCCGCUGAACUUAAUAAGCAAAUUUCGAGUAUUGCGAUUGGUUCAGCGGAAGGAUUUAAUCAAGCUGAGCGGGCGAUUAAUAUGGCAUGCAAAACGGGAAGAUGGGUUAUGUUGAAAAACGUCCAUCUGGCUCCUCAAUGGUUAGUACAGCUUGAGAAGAAACUCCAUUCCCUUCAACCACAUUCCAGCUUCAGACUGUUCCUAACAAUGGAAAUAAAUCCGAAAUUACCCGUGAACCUUUUACGAGCUGGACGUAUAUUCGUCUUUGAACCACCACCUGGUAUCCGAGCUAACCUUUUGAGAACAUUCAGCACGGUUCCAGCUAGCAGAAUGAUGAAAGCCCCGAACGAAAGAGCAAGACUUUACUUCUUAUUGGCUUGGUUCCAUGCUAUCGUCCAAGAACGUUUGCGUUAUGUACCGUUAGGUUGGGCUAAAUAUUAUGAAUUUAACGAAUCCGAUUUACGAGUUGCUUGCGAUACAUUAGAUCUCUGGAUUGAAGCUACAGCUAUGGGACGUACAAAUUUGCCCCCAGAAAAAGUCCCGUGGGAUGCGCUUGUCACUCUAUUGUCGCAGUCGAUUUAUGGUGGGAAGAUUGACAAUGACUUCGACCAGAGGCUUCUGCACUCAUUUCUGUUGAAAUUGUUCACACCCCGCAGCUUCGAAGCGGACUUCGCGCUAGUGGCGAAUGUGGAUGGCGGUCCGGGAGGUACCAGACAUAUCAUAAUGCCUGAUGGUACUCGCAGAGAUCAUUUCUUGAAAUGGAUUGAAACAUUGGCCGAUAGACAGACGCCAUCUUGGCUCGGAUUACCCAACAAUGCUGAAAAAGUUUUGCUAACUAAUCGUGGAACGGAUCUGAUUAGUAAAUUGUUAAAAAUGCAACAACUCGAGGAUGAUGAUGAACUGGCCUAUACCGACGACGCAUCACCUACUGGUCCAACCCAAAUUGAUGGAAGGCCUUCUUGGAUGAAGACUCUGCACAAUUCCGCAGUAACUUGGCUGCAGUUGUUACCAAAAUCGUUACAGACACUGAGGAGAACAGUUGAAAAUAUCAAAGAUCCCCUCUACCGUUACUUCGAAAGGGAAGUUACAUGUGGUGCAAAACUGUUACAGGACGUUAUACACGAUUUGAACGAUGUCGUAUUAAUUUGUCAAGGUGAGAAAAAACAAACAAAUUACCACCGAACGAUGCUUUCUGAAUUGGUUAGAGGUAUCAUUCCCGAAAACUGGCGGCGUUACACCGUACCGCGGGGUUGUACAGUGAUCCAGUGGGUAACGGACUUUAGCCAUAGGGUGAAACAGCUACAGCAAGUGUCACAGGUCGUUUCUACCGUUGGCGCUAAAGAAUUACAGGGUUUCCCGGUUUGGCUGGGUGGCCUUUUGAAUCCAGAAGCUUAUAUAACUGCUACAAGACAGUGUGUCGCCCAAGCAAACAGCUGGCCUCUUGAAGAAUUGCAAUUGGACGUAACCAUCACCGACUCCUCAAGCGAAAAGAAAAAUGUUCCGAGUGAUUGUUUUGCCGUUACAGGCAUAAAACUUCAGGGUGCCCAAUGCCGUAAUAAUCAGCUUCUAUUGACCUCCAGCAUUAUGAUAGAGCUCCCUCUCACGCUCUUACGAUGGGUAAGGGUCGUAGGUGACGAAAAAGUAUCUUGCGACCGUCUAGCCCUCCCAGUGUACUUAAACUCCACCCGUACUGAACUGCUUUUCACAGUUGACUUAAACAUUGCUGCUGGACAAGAUCCUCAUAGCUUUUACGAGAGGGGAGUCGCCUUACUGACUUCAACUGCUCUCAAUUAAAAGGUUUGCAUGCUUUUUUAUUACUUAUUUUUUUAAAAUAUAUUUAGAGAAAUUGUAACUCAUUAUUUUUUUGGUGAAUUCGUAUAGCGUAUUAUUGUAAUAUUACUAGUUGAGGUGCACGCUUUCUGCAAUAAUAAUAAUAAUCAAAAUAAUACACGCAAUUGGAAUGAA